ACCACGCCACAGCUGAUUGCGUCUACUAACAAAAUCCCAUUUGUGUAAAGUUUGCUGAAAUUUCGAUUUUUUAAUAUGAGUGAAAAUGUUUAUUUGUGCUAGUUUGAACAAUUAAUAUUUUUCAUUGAUUAUAGAGUUUGAACAAGGGUUUCACUUUGGUAUUGCGAUCUUCGAGUUAAUAUAUAAAACCUUGAGACGCAAAUAAUGGAACCAAUGGAAACAUCAAUAUCCGCUAAUGAGUCUGAAACUCCAACAGAUACGUCGACUCUUAUGGAAACAGAUGAGCCUAGUGAGUCUUCAGCGCCUGCGGGUGGCGUUGCAAAUACAGGAGUCAACGGAAACAAUGAUGGGAAUAACGAAAGUGCUGCUACCGAUGAAUUACGCACCUCAUCAACUGACGAGAAGAACGACAGUGCUAAUGCAAACGAUAACAGCCAAUCAAGCGAUCAGCAUAAUGGUGUGUCCUCGACUACAGACAUGCCACCGCCGCCCCCAUCAACUGGGAGCGCACCCCCAGGAGAAAGUAACGUCACAGCAACUACUACGGGAGGACCUCCCAUUGACGAAGAAGAUGCCAAAUGGCAUACGGUGGGCAUUUAUACUGGACUCAAUGCAACAGUUUCUUCGUACAUAGACAACAGUAUUUGGUCGUCGUCUGGGUUGAAAUUGACAUCCAGAGACUUACCAGAUCUUUCAACAAUUCAACGCGUUAAUCUGGAGCCAGGUACUGCUUAUCGUUUUCGUUUGCGCGCUAUCAACACGUGUGGUGCCAGCGAUUGGAGUGAGAUAUCGAGUUUUAAAACCUGUUUGCCCGGUUUCCCUGGUGCACCAUCUGCUAUUAAAAUAUCAAAAUCAUCCGAAGGUGCUCACCUUACGUGGGAACCACCACCGAGCUGUGUGAAUUCGAAUGAAAUUAUCGAAUAUUCCGUAUAUUUGGCAGUUAAACCGGGCAAAGACAAAGAUGGCAAACCAAUAGGCGCAGGCGCGCGUCUACCGGCACAACUUGCAUUUGUACGCGUAUACGUGGGCGCAGCUAAUCAAUGUACAGUAGCGCAUUCAUCAUUGGCUACAGCGCACGUUGAUUGUUCAAAUAAGCCGGCUAUAAUUUUUCGCAUUGCUGCGCGCAAUGACAAAGGUUAUGGACCGGCUACUCAGGUUAGGUGGCUGCAGGACCCGGUACAGAGCGGUGCAUCCCCGGGAAGCGGUUUGGCUGGUGGAGCUGGUAGCAUACAAUCGCCAACACGCAUUAAGCCGGAAUUGGGAAGUGCGUCGCCUAACAAACGUUUUAAGGGCAGCGGUGGAGUUGGCGGUGGCGGGCGCGCAGCAUUGCCAUAACUUGAUCGACAGCGAGAAAGCGAGAAGUGAUGAAAAUUUGAGCGUGCAGUAUACCAUGAAAACGCAAAAUCUGCAUUUUUCCAAAUUACAACGGACCAUGCGUAUAUAAAAUAAUUAGUUUUUAAGACAUACUAUUAAUUUCCAUUUAAAAGGUAAAUUUUUAUUGCUUAUAUAUGUAUAUAUGGAAUAAAUAAAGAUACAUAGCCACAAUCAGUCGAUUAAAAUUUCGCAAAUUGUGGAGACACGGCGACACCUCGUUUCACACAGCGGUUACGCCAUAUUUCCGAAAAUUUUCUGCAAAUGUAUAAAAUAACAAACAAGACUUUGUGAUGAAUAUGUAAAAUUCCAUAAACAAAUAAACAUAUUUGGGUAAUAAAUUUAUGAAAAUGCGACUUAAA